AAUUUGUAUUUUACCGCUCGUAUGGCUCUCAUAAACUGUGCUCUUAUUGGUCGAUUGAUAACUGCAUGAUUGGCCAACAUAACUCAAAAUGGUGGUGCUGGGCAUAUGAUUGGUCAAUCAGAGGCUAGUGCGCUCUCUAUUGGUAGCAUAUUAUAUCCAGCAUAUAAGUGUAUAACCAUUACAGAAAGAACAUAGUAGUAUGCAUCAACAAUCUUUAGCCUUUGAUUUAUGUUGUUUAUGGUAGGAAAGAGAAACAGUUUAUGAUAGCUUGACAGCUGCUUGAAUUUUUCUCUGUGAAAAGAAAUAAUAUAUAUAUUUUAUUGUUUAUUUUGUUCUAUUUAUAAUAUGUGAUAUUCAUUAUACAGUUGGUCAAUUUACAAGACCAUAGUGUUUGACGAAUACAUAAUCAAAAUAGGAGAAAAUGUUUUCUGCCUUUAAAAGAUUAGCUGGGAAGUCUGAUGGAGUUGGCAAUGCAUCAGCUAGACCAGCUCAUCAAUCUAUGCCAACAACGUUACAAAGAAAAUUUGCUAAAGGAGUACAAUAUAAUAUGAAGAUCAUCAUAAAAGGUGAUAGAAAUGUAGGAAAAACAUGUUUAUUUCAUAGACUGCAAGGCCAAAAAUUUGUUGAAGAAUAUAUACCUACUGAAGAAAUACAAGUUGCUAGUAUUCAGUGGAAUUAUAAGGCUACAGAUGAUGUAGUAAAAGUUGAAGUAUGGGAUGUUGUAGAUCGUGGGAGACGAAGAAGAAAAAUGGAAGGUUUAAAAAUGGAUAAUUCUACUACUGAAACAAUUAUUGAAGAACCUGCUUUAGAUGCAGAAUUCCUUGAUGUUUAUAAAGGGACCAAUGGUGUUAUUAUUAUGAUGGAUAUAACCAAAACUUGGACAUUUGAUUAUGUUCAACGUGAACUUCCAAAAAUUCCUAGCCAUAUACCUAUUAUAGUUUUAGGCAAUCAUUGCGAUAUGUCUCAUCAUAGAACAGUUACAACAGAUCAUAUAACAUACUUUAUUGAUUCAUUGCAAAGACAGUCUGCAAUAAGAUAUGCAGAAUCAUCAAUGAGAAAUGGUUUUGGAUUAAAACUUUUACAUAAGUUUUUCAAUCUUCCUUUUCUUCAAUUACAAAGGGAAACUUUAUUGAAACAGCUUGAGACUAAUGAAGAAGAAACUCAUUUGACGGUACAAGAACUUGAUCUUUUUCAAGACAGUGAUGAUGCAGAUUAUAAUAAAUUUUUAGACAAUCUUGUGAACAGAAGAAGAGCUCUUGCUGAUUCAGUGUCUGCAAGUAUUCUAGUCCCCAAUGUUACUUCAUCUUUGAGUAAUCAUCGUGUCCCACCUUCUAAUGGUAUUGUAACUUCAAGUACCGAAGUACGACGAUCAAUAUCAAUGCCUGGUCCAAUCGGUGGUGGGAUUCCUAUACCUGUAAAAAAUUUAGAAUUAAAAUCUCCACCGAAAAAGGAAAAUUUAGUAAAAGAUAUCUCAGAUAGUUCUAUUGUAUCAGUUAAAAAUACACAAUCCAUAUCAAAUUUAUCUAGUGCACAAAGUACUUCUAAACUAGAUAAUUAUAAAGUAAAUGAAACUGUACAUGAUAAUUCAGAACGUAAAGAUUGUACAGGAAAACCACAAUCAUUAAUGUCUAAAAUCUUUGGAAAUAAAAAAGAAGGAGAAACAGAGAGGCUGUCCAGCACUAAUGCUCUUAAUUUGAACAAACCAUUAACCAGUGUUGAAGACUUUGUACCAGAUGAUGGACCUUUAGACAGAUCCUUUUUAGAAGACAAUAAUCAGGUAUCUCCUCAAAAAAUACAACACGAAGAAUUAAAUUCAGAAAGUGAUGUAGAAACUGCAAAUCCUCUAGUAGCAGAAUAUGAAGAUGAUUUGUCAUCUGCCGACGAAGUGGCAUCUCCCAUACAACCAAAAUUAGCAGAAAAUCCAUUAAAUAAACAAAAACUAAAACGCGAAUCAAUAAUAAGUAAUACAGAACUGAAUUCUGAAGCACAAAGACAAAUUAAUAAACGUGAUUCUAUUUCAUCUAUAGAACAAGAAAUUCACAUUUCAAAUAACAUUAGAAUUAAUGAACAACCUGAUAUAUAUCCUGAUGCAUUUGAUAGUUGGUUGCAAUGUGAUUCUAAAUGGCGACAAAGUCCAGAAGGUGGUGAAGAUGUAACUUGUAAUAGUACAAGGAAAGAUAAAUUGGAAUUAAGUGAUAAAAGUUUAGAUGUUAGUGUAACAAGUUCAAAUGUUCAUUUAGAAUUACUUGACAAUAUUAGUAUGCAACAUAUAAGUUCUAAUGGUAGCAGUCCUAUAAUGAAAGAAAAGAAAAAACACAAGGAAAAGGUAGAUGAGAAGGAGAAAAGAAGGAAAAAGAAAUCUAAAGAUAAAGAAAAAGAUAAAGAGAAGAAUGAUAAAAGUGAAAAAAAGAAAAAACGUUCUCUUCAUAGAUCAAGAGAUGAAAAUAGACGACGUGAUGAAUUGGAAGAAUUUUUAAAUGGUCCUCCUAUGAGAAUUGGAGUAGAUAUUGCAUAUGAAGCGAUAUAGUACUAACAAUGCACACACAUAUAUAUAUAUAUGUAUAUACUUUUAUAUACAUAUAUAUGUAUUUUUAUUUGUAUCAUAAUAAUCUAAUAUGUUUUUGUGCAUGGAUACAAAUUACCUUGAUGUAAAAUAUGAUACAUCAAUUGGCAAAAAAAGGAAGAAAUCUAUAAAUGUCAGGAAAUGUUUAAAUAAUAAUUAAAUUCAUGUAUAUUAAAUUAAAAAAGCAGAUAAAAAAAAAAUCAUCGUUAAGAUUGUAAAUAGUACUGACUCAGUCAUUAAUAACUAGUUAUUUUUAAAGUUCAAGAAAUAA